UGACUUGGAAGAACUUCAAGAUGCUUUUAAGAAAACAAUUCUAUCCAGUUGGCUAUGAAGAUGAAAGAUGGUAUAAGUGGCAACACUUCAGACAAAGAUUUGGGCAGCCUGUACAAGAGUAUACAACAGAGUUCCAUAACCAAGCUAUGGUUUUGGACAUUGACGUCAACGACUAUGACGUUUUCAUGAAGUAUACCGGAGGUCUUGCCGACUACGUACGGAAAGAACUAAAAUUGUUCACUGUAGAUACUAUUGAAGAAGAUACUGUGAAGGCCAUCGCUAUUGAGGCGAAAAAUAAAAAAACUGACAAGAAGGAUGACAGAUCAAAACCCGUCAACAAAACUGACUGGCGGAAAAAAGGGAAGCAAAGCAAGGAAGGUCAGACACAGAAGGUCUACUGUGAUCACUUUCAAGCCAGCAGACAUGCCAAAGACAAGUGCUGGAUACUCCAUCCUGAGUUGCGACCAAAGGGCGAGAAAAACAACCAGGGGAGAAAUGACAGAAAAGCCACCUUAACUGCACAACAGGCAGAAGAGCUUCCAGAGUUGAAGCAACCUGAUGUUACACUUACCCUUAUGACAAGACCAGCAGAUAUUGAAGACACGUACAAUCGUGACGAGUUGUUUCAUGUGAAUAUUCAGGUGAAGCAAAGUGUUGUACAAGCUAUCAUUGACCUUGGAAGUCAGAAAAACCUGAUUUCAGAGGCUUUAGUAAGAAAAGUGGGUUUAGACACCACACCACAUCCUAAGCCGUACCCGGUAGGAUGGAUUCAGAAGGACGUUGACUUACAGAUUACGAAGCAAUGUACCUUCAAAUUUGCUAUCACCAAUCGAUAUAUCGAUGAGGUGGCAUGUGAGGUGGUUCCUUUGGAUGUUUGCCAAGUCAUAUUAGGCAGUCCAUAUUUAUGGGACCGAGAUGCCAUCCACUAUCGGAGGCUUCGCAAGUAUCGACUUGUGAAGGAUGGGAAGGAGUUCCACAUCAACGCUUGCAAGCCUCAAGCUACGAAUAAUUUGCUUACAGAUAAUUUGCUGACACCUAACCAAGCCAAAAGGUUAGUCAAUUCAUGUGGGCGAUUCGUUUUGUUGAUGAUUCGACUGCAAGAUCAGAGUUCUGGAGCUGUGACAUUGUCUACAUUGUCUUUAUCUCCUACACAAUGCUAAGACAUAGGGAAAUUACAGGAGAAGUUCAAGGACUUAUUUCAUGAUGUGCAGGGUUUGCCACCACGGAGAGCUGUGGAACAUGAGAUCCAGUUGGUAGGAGAUUCACCUCUACCAAACUGGGGUUUGUAUCAUACUUCUUUGAUAGAAUCUGACGAGAUCAAGAAGCAAAUUCAGGGACUUCUUGAACAAGGAGUCAUUAAACCUAGCUGCUCACCAUGUGGUUCACCAAUGUUACUUGUGCCUAAGAAAGACGGAGGCUGGCGUAUGUGUGUUGAUUAUAGGGCACUCAACAAAAUAACCAUCAAGAAUCGGUAUCCAUUGCCGAGGAUUGAUGACCUGCUAGAUCAACUACAUGGUGCACGCUACUUCACUAAGCUUGAUCUCAAAUCUGACUAUCAUCAAGUCCGCAUCCAUGAAGAAGAUACUUGGAAGACUGCAUUCAAAACAAAGCAGGGACUAUUUGAGUGGUUAGUCAUGCCAUUCGGAUUAUGCAAUGCUCCAGCUACCUUCAUGCGAUUGAUGAAUGAGGUACUCCGCCCUUUCAUUGACGACUUCGUCAUUGUAUACUUAGAUGACAUUCUCAUAUUUAGUGUCACAUGGGAGGACCAUCUUCAUCAUAUUGCUCAAGUUUUGGAGGUUCUACGAACAAAUCAGUUACAGUUAAAUGGUAAGAAGUGUGAAUUUGGGAAACAACACCUUGUAUACCUGGGAUUCAUUGUUGGUGCAGGAGAACUGAAAAUGGACCUAGAGAAAGUACAAGUGAUUUCUCAAUGGCCUACGCCCCGUUCAGUAACUGAAGUUCGAAGCUUUAUAGGUGCAUGUCAAUAUUUGCGAAAGUUUAUUCGGCACUUUUCACAAAUUGCAGCACCAUUACAUUCUCUUACAAAGGCCAAUCAAAAGUUUGAAUGGUCGAUAAACCAUGAAGAAUCUUUCCAAUUGUUGAAACGAAAGAUUACAGAGGCCCCAGUACUAGCAUUACCGAAUCUACAGAAACCAUUUGAAGUAGAAGCAGAUGCAUCGAACUAUGCCAUGGGAGCCGUAGUAUUUCUGGAUGGGAAACCAGUUGCAUACCAUUCUGAGAUGUUUAGUGGACUGGUAUUGAAUUAUCCGACUUAUGACAAGGAGCUGUAUGCAAUGCAUCAAGCAGUGAAGCAUUGGAGAGCUUACUUGUUGGGAAAAGAAGUUGUAGUUCACUCAGAUCAUAAACCUCUUCAGUUUUUAACAACACAGUCUAAGUUGCAGCAAGCUCGCCAUAUGAAAUGGAUGUCUUGCCUACAACAAUUCAAUAUUGUGAUAAAGUACAAGAAAGGAGCAACUAACAAGUUGGCAGAUAUGUUAUCUAGACCACCUACACCAGUUACUUCCGCAUUGCUGGUGACUAUGCAAAUCCAACCCAUUGUUCCUUCUGAAUAUGCCAAAGGGUAUGACACAGAUACUGAUUUCCACUCAGCCUAUGCCAAGCUACAACAAGGAAAGACUAGUGAGUUCCAAUUGAAGGAUGGACUAAUGUACAAGGGAACACAAUUGUGUAUUCCAGAAGAUGGUGACAGAUUGCAGUGGAUUCGUGAGGCUCAUACUUCCAAAGUAGCAGGACAUUUUGGAGUUGAGAAGACUUUAUUCAAUCUUCGUCGCUAUGUGUAUUGGCCAAAGAUGCAUCUGGAUGUUUCACGAUACAUUCGAGGUUGUGUUCUAUGCAACACAUCGAAGCCUUCCAAUAGAAAGUUAGGACUGUAUCUUCCAUUACCAGUACCUAGCCGACCUUGGGAGAGUAUCUCAAUGGAUUUCUUAGUUGGAUUGCCUAAAACCAAGUCUGGAAAUGACUACUUGUUUGUGGUGGUAGAACGUUUCAGUAAGAUGGUGAUUCUCAUUUCGUGCAAGAAGACCGUUACUGGAGAAGGAGCUGCUACGUUAUUUUUCCAACAUGUUUGGAAGCAUUUUGGCUUACCUACAUCGAUUAUUUCUGACAGAGAAAGUUGAUUCUUAGGCCAUUUUUGGAAGUCGUUAUGGGGAAUGAUGGAUACCAGAUUGAAAAGAAGCACUGCAUUUCAUCCACAGAAAGAUGGGCAAACGGAGGUCGUAAACCAGACUAUGGUACACUUGUUGAGGGGUUACAAUUCCAAGCAUCCGAAGACUUGGGAUGAAAGUCUCCCUUACUUACAGUUUGCUUUUAACCGAGCAAUUCAUGGCUCCACACUCAAAUCUCCAUUUGAGGUUUGUUUGGGUUAUUUACCCCAGAGUCCUUUUGAUUUAGCAUUCACUAUGAGUGCCCAGCCAUUAAGUGGGAAAGAAAAAGAACAACAAAUUCGAGCACAUAAAUUUCUUGAACGAGUCAGAAAGAUUCAUACUGAAGUGGAGGCACAAUUGAAAUGUUCUCAGCAACGAUAUAAAGCUCGCCAUGACAAGCAUCGUGUGCCAUGUAACUUCAAAGAAGGUGACCUAGUAUGGUUACACCUUGGAAAGGAGCGGCUAACCGGUGAAGGCAAGAAACUGAAGCCUAUUCGUUAUGGACCAUUUAAGAUCAUCAAACAAAUUGGUGAUAAUGCCUUUCAACUUGAAUUACCACCAUACAUGCAUAUGUACUCGGUCAUCAAUGCCGAGAAUCUUAAGCUUUUUGAGCCAUCUCUACUUGAUGAUGAUCUUGAUGAAGACACACGUCUUCCAUCAGUUGAUGACUUAAAGAUUGAACGAGAAGAUCCUUUGUAGGAGGAUUGUAUCUUAGAACAAAAGGUUCAUGAGACUCGACAUGGAAAGUAUGAUUAUUUCCUUAUUGGCAGAAAAGGUCAACUUCCUAGCAAGUCGAAGUGGUAUAUUCGAGAAAAGGCAAUAACAGAGUUUCCUCAUCUCACAAUUUAGCUUGACUAGGAGCUCAAGCAUCUUAAAUGGGAGAGCCAUGAUCCAGGAGGAUCUUAAAA